AUGCUCCUCCCAGUGCGGUGGCGUUGGUGCAUCCUAGCAUGCGUUGCGCCGCUGGCGGUGUACGCGGCGUGGGAGCCUGCCCAGAUGCCCGUUCUUGCGUUGAUUCCCACGAACAUUUCUGAUACCUGCACGACACUGCUCACGCAGUUGAAUGAUGACCAUGUCUUCCAGUCAUGCACACAACCUCUGAUUGAGGCUACUUCCGCGUUUGCGAACCAGACUGUCAGUGGCAAUGCUACAGGUGUACUGUCCCAUACACUGGACGAUCUCUGUGCGACAAACCAUGGCUGCGAUCGUCCUCUUGUGCAGCAAUUUAUCUCGCAGUUCUGGGACUCGUGCAGCGAUGAGCUAGAGUCGCGUGACCCAGAUGUGACGCAGCUGUACGACUACCUGUACAUUUUCAAUCCCUUCCGUGAUGCUAUCUGCACCAAGGACGAGCAUAACCAGUACUGCUUGGCAUCGAUGGGCACAGGCAUGUCGACCCAGGCGGACAUGGAGCUGACACAGCUGUAUCGCCGCUCGUUCCUACCGGAGGAUGUGCCCAAUGACCCAUACAGCGAUGCCUACUGGGACUAUAUUCUUCCGACCAUUCCACGCAGCAGUACCAAGCACGCUACGGCCAAUACGACGGUCCUGGCUGCGAGCAUGCCAGACGUAAAUCAACUGCCUGAUCUGUCCCCCCAGCAGCUCUUCUUCUUCCUCUCGAAUACCACAAACAAGGCCCAGCUGUGUACACGCUGCAGUCAGAGUAUCCUGGCGUCGUACAUUGCCUUUGAAAUGGCCUCGCCCUAUGCUCUUGGCAUCGAAAGCUCUCCUGUACUGCAGUCACAGCAGUCGAUAUACGAUCAUGCACGCAAAACCUGUGGCGACAGCUUUGUGCAGCAGCUCAACCAGGAGGCAGGCGUGCAAGCGUUCUCAGAGCCGGCUUCGUCAGCGCUGCACCUUCAUGCGCCGUAUAUCCCUAUCAUGACCGUCGCCGUUGUUCUCUCGGCGUGGCUAAGUGCCUAG